GUCAGCGGCGGCACCAUGCAGGCCAACGGGGCGGGAGGAGGCGGCGGCGGGGGCGGCGGGGGCCAGGGCCAGACCCCGGAGCUCGCCUGCCUGUCGGCGCAGAACGGGGAGUCGUCCCCCUCGGCGACGUCCGCGGGGGACCUGGCCCACGCCAACGGGCUCCUGCCUGCCGCCCCCUCCGCCGCUAGCAACAAUAGCAACAGCCUGAGUGUCAAUAACGGGGUUCCCGGCGGGGCCGCCGCGGCCUCCGCCGCCGCCCAGGCCACCCCCGAGCUGGGCAGCAGCCUCAAGAAGAAGAAGCGGCUCUCGCAGUCCGAUGAGGAUGUCAUUAGGCUCAUAGGACAGCACCUCAAUGGCCUAGGGCUCAACCAGACUGUUGAUCUCCUCAUGCAAGAGUCAGGAUGUCGUUUAGAGCAUCCUUCUGCUACCAAAUUCCGAAAUCAUGUCAUGGAAGGAGACUGGGAUAAGGCAGAAAAUGACCUGAAUGAACUAAAGCCUUUAGUGCAUUCUCCUCAUGCUAUUGUGGUAAGAGGCGCACUUGAAAUCUCUCAAACGUUGUUGGGAAUAAUUGUGAGGAUGAAGUUUCUGCUGCUGCAGCAGAAGUACCUGGAAUACCUGGAGGACGGCAAGGUCCUGGAGGCACUUCAAGUUCUACGCUGUGAACUGACGCCGUUGAAAUACAAUACAGAACGCAUCCAUGUUCUUAGUGGGUAUCUGAUGUGUAGCCAUGCAGAAGACCUACGGGCAAAAGCUGAAUGGGAAGGCAAGGGGACAGCUUCCCGAUCCAAACUGCUGGACAAGCUUCAGACCUAUUUACCACCAUCAGUGAUGCUUCCCCCACGGCGUUUACAGACUCUCCUGCGGCAGGCGGUGGAACUACAAAGGGAUCGGUGCCUAUAUCACAAUACCAAACUUGACAAUAAUCUAGAUUCUGUGUCUCUACUUAUAGAUCAUGUUUGUAGUAGGAGGCAGUUUCCCUGUUACACUCAGCAGAUCCUUACAGAGCAUUGUAAUGAAGUGUGGUUCUGUAAAUUCUCUAAUGAUGGCACUAAACUAGCAACAGGAUCAAAGGAUACCACAGUUAUCGUAUGGCAAGUUGAUCCGGAUACACACCUGUUAAAACUGCUUAAAACAUUAGAAGGACAUGCGUACGGUGUCUCUUACAUAGCGUGGAGUCCAGAUGACAGCUACCUUGUUGCUUGUGGUCCAGAUGACUGCUCUGAGCUUUGGCUUUGGAAUGUACAAACGGGAGAAUUAAGAACAAAAAUGAGCCAAUCUCAUGAAGACAGUUUGACCAGUGUAGCCUGGAAUCCAGAUGGGAAGCGCUUUGUGACAGGAGGCCAGCGUGGUCAGUUCUACCAGUGUGACCUGGAUGGGAAUCUUCUGGACUCGUGGGAGGGAGUGCGAGUGCAGUGCCUGUGGUGCUUGAGUGACGGGAAGACGGUGCUGGCUUCAGACACACACCAGAGGAUCCGCGGCUACAACUUUGAGGACCUGACAGAUAGAAACAUAGUACAAGAAGAUCAUCCUAUUAUGUCAUUUACUAUUUCAAAAAAUGGCCGAUUAGCUUUGUUAAAUGUAGCAACUCAGGGAGUUCACUUAUGGGAUUUGCAAGACAGAGUUUUAGUAAGGAAAUAUCAAGGUGUUACACAAGGGUUUUAUACAAUUCAUUCAUGUUUUGGAGGCCAUAAUGAAGACUUCAUCGCUAGUGGCAGUGAAGAUCACAAGGUUUACAUCUGGCACAAACGUAGUGAACUGCCAAUUGCAGAGCUCACGGGACACACGCGCACAGUAAAUUGUGUUAGCUGGAACCCACAGAUUCCAUCCAUGAUGGCCAGUGCCUCAGACGAUGGCACUGUUAGAAUAUGGGGACCAGCACCUUUCAUAGACCACCAGAAUAUUGAAGAGGAAUGCAGUAGCAUGGAUAGUUGAUGGCGAAUUUGGAGCAGACGACUUCUGUUUAACUUAAAAUUAGUCGUAUUUUAAUGGCUUGGGAUUUGGUGCAAACAAACAUGAUUGAUAGCUGGACAGACAUGCUCGUCAUGAAGAAAAAAAAAAACCAUUUUGAAGCCCGAUUGGGGCCAAACAUUUACACCUUGCUUCAUAGUAACCAGUUGAUGAAGCACGUCGUUAGAACGUUGUUGGACACCAUGUUGAAUUAUUCCCCAUCGGUUGUGAAGAACUGUGCUACAUUCAGGCUUACCCAUUGAACUCAGUAUAUAUAUUUUUUUCCCUCCUGCCUUUUGUCUGGUGGGGUACCAUUCUUGUUGCUCUUCUGUGUAAUGAAGUUCAAAUGCUUGUUUGGAAACUUAAUUUAACAGUUUAGAAGGCUUAAUAGGAAGAGUUCAUUAGUCUGAAGAGUAUACAUUGGACAGGAAAGAAUUUGCUUUUGUUUCUCCAAAUCUCUCCGCCUUCUUUAGCUUGAGAUCUUUGCAGCUUGGUUCAUGGAUUCUAGCCUUGCCCGUUGCGCAGUAUAUACUGAUCAGAUGAUAAAGCAGUGAACUAUGUCAAAAGCACUCUCAAUAUUACAUUUGACAAAAAGUUUUGUACUUUUCACAUAGCUUGUUGCCCCGUAAAAGGGUUAACAGCACAAUUUUUUAAAAAUAAAUUAAGAAGUAUUUAUAGGAUUAAAGUGACUUCAUUUGUAUACAUUUGGAAUCUAAACCAGCUUAAAAACAGUGUCCUCUGUGACUGAGAUACGCAGUGUAAGUGAUGUUCUUCUGGAGUGCCACGUGAGACAUGGCAUGCUCAUAAACAGUGUUCAGAAGGACAUGGCACAGGAAAGCCAGAGAGAUACUUUGAAGGUUCCCCUUUUUAUUUUAUUCCCCAAGGAACAUCAGUACCCGAUACUGAAGAAAUUCAAGAUUCAAAAGGAAAAUUGUAUAAAUAAAGCAACACGGGAGAUCAGCAUCAGUCUAGAUUUUCAAGGAAGCUUGUUCCAAGUUCUUCUGAACUUGGGGGAAUCAUUUUGGUGUGACCUAGCAAAAGUAGCCAUCAGAAGAUAGGCCCACAUUGGGAAUUUAUAGUGUAGUUGAAUCUUAGAGGAAUUCAGCAGGCUACAAACAUAUGUAAACUGGAAUUAAAGCCUGAGUCAUUUCUCCUAAUUGCCCUUAAUGUCCAACAUAUAGGGACACUAAUUUAAAGAAGAUUCCUUCUCAGCUGUUGCCAUAAUGAACCUCAUUCAAACUGGUGCUGUGGACAGUUUUCCCUCUCCCCUUUUAGUUUACGGGAGCGUUUCCUUUAUGGGGAAAAAAAAAGGACUUCUCUCAUUUUGAAGACCCUAUAUCUAACAUAAGCUUGAUCGAUGUUCAUGGUGUGUUCUAAACUCCGUAAUUGCUGGGUCUAACAGUCUCCCCUUGAAAUCCAUGUUUUCCAGUAGAGGAUAACCAGGGUAACUGCAGCUGUUGGGAAGAGAAGUGGAAUUACUCCCAGUGCAUUCCUGGUGAACAAAAAAAAAAAAAGAAAAUGUUGUAGAACUUGCCCUUGAGGCCAAGCCAAGUCCAUAGCAUUUGCCAUGAUCAUACCCCUUGGGAUCCAGAGAGGAAGGAGAGGCUUGUACUGAGGAAUCUUUCCACUGUAGGGGUCAUAGGGAGGGAAAAGCCAGGAAGAGGGAGAAGAAAACACAUUUGGCCUUAAGAUAGUGUUCAUUCUCCCAAAGCCCAUAGUAAGGAGAUGACAGAUCGUAGUCAGCAGAUUAUUAAUUCAAAUAGGUAUGUAAAAGAUUCCUUUAAGCUUCAUUUUUCAGAGACGACCACUUUAGAAAAUCAGAGAAAUCCUGUUUUGAUACUUCUUAGUUAAAAUAAUUGUUACCGUUUAUCUGGUACUUCAUUUUCUUGACUAAAAUUACUUUUCACUCUAAGCUUGAAUAAAAAUUUUCAUUCAUAAGUGUAUAUAAUUAAGUGGCAACUCCUCUUUACCUCAGUGCAGUUAAAACCAUCUUUUGAUUGAUAUACCCUGAAGCCAUUAAUCUUUACACCCCAGUCUCUACAGUAACAGUCACUAACAGCAUGUGGGCAUAGAACUCCACAGCUGUUUACAGAUGUGGUUACAUUGUACUGCAUGGUACUUACAUAAUGUUUCCUGAGGUUUGUACCCAUCAGGACAGUUUGGCACUUACAUUCUGUUAGUACACCCAGCUACAUACACCUAGAUCUGAGUUUUCACAGUGCUUCUGAAGUACAUUUAAAAAUACCUGGAGGUAAAAACGUGCACUGAAGGUGAGGGACAUUACCAGAAUGUAACUCCUGUUAGAAUGAAGUUACAGCUCUGCAAAGGCUUUGAUAGUAAAGUAGCUAGCUAGGUGAGUUUGGUUUCCAGGUCUGUCGUAACUGGCAGCUUCCACUAUAGACGGGUACUUGACUGUGCCAAUUUGCUGUAAGUGUCUGUUUCAUGUUUGCCAUGAAGUGAAUGGUAGGAAGGUGUGGAGAGAGUUAGGGUUUACAGUGAAAGAACCUAGUGACAGGGUUACAGGAAAAUGUCUGACAAUGUGAUAAACUCAGUCAAGGCUUAAGAGAGAAUUCUGUCAAGCCUGCCACAAGAUGCUAACCAAUGUACAAACUGAAAAGUACCAAGACUUUUUGCACAUAGAUCAAAAUAGUGGAGAAUUUUGGCUCCAAAAAUCAGGUUAGUAGGCUCAAUUCCAUGUGCUUAAAAUGUUUCUGUUGUUAAUGCAUCAAUUAAGGGCUAGAGUAAGAAUGAAAUUAAAUGUCUUUUUCCUCUAAA